UACACUGAAACCCUUUUUUCCUGCAUCCAACUCCUCCAUUUUCUCACCUACAAAUGGCGAUCUCUACAACCCCAACAUCCUUUUUCCUCAUCGCCAUCCUCGUACUCCUCGUACCCAUCAACCACUCCUUUUCCUCCUCCUCCAACGGCGGCGACAUUCACUCGGAGCUAACCGAUCUCCGAUCUCAAUCUCCCACCGGCGUAAUCCACCUUUCCGACCAACUCCUCCGGCGAAUCCUCACCGUUAAAACCCCACGACCCUUCAAUUUCGUCAUAUUCUUCGACGCUAAACAACUCCAUUCAAAACCUGAACUCUCACUCCCCACUCUGAAAGAUGAAUUUAACCUUCUAUCCUCCUCUUUUUACACAAAUAACCCUGAAAACGUCAAGCUGUUUUUUUUCACUAUCGAAUUUCAAGAAUCACAAACUUCAUUCGCUUUAUUCGGGGUUAAUUCAUUACCCCAUUUACGUUUAAUCCCACCUUCAGCUAUUGAUCUUAAAAAAGAUUCGAUUCAAAUGGAUGGUUCUGAUUUAGCCAGGUUAGCUGAAUCAAUGGCUGAAUUUGUUGAAGCUAAGGCAAAGAUUAAUGUGGGUCCCAUUCACAGACCACCGAUGAUUUCGAAGAAACAGAUUAUGGGUAUUGUUGCUCUAGGGCUGGUUUUAAGUCCGUUUUUGGUGAAAAAGAUUGUUUCGGGUGAUACCAUUUUGCACGAUAAGCACGUGUGGAUGGCCGGGUCGAUUUUCAUCUACUUUUUCAGUGUUUCGGGUGCAAUGUUUAAUAUAAUUAGGAAAAUGCCGAUGUUUAUGGUGGAUAGAGAGGAUCCGGGGAAGUUGGUUUACUUUUACCAAGGUUCAGGGAUGCAGUUGGGAGCUGAAGGAUUCGCGGUCGGGUUCUUGUACUCCAUUGUCGGGUUGUUGUUGGCUUUUAUGAUUCAUGUUCUUGUGAGGCUAAAGAGUAGGACUGUGCAGAGGGUGGUGAUGCUUUUUGCAUUGUUCGUUUCGUUUUGGGCUGUGAAGAAGGUGAUUCAUUUGGAUAAUUGGAAGACCGGAUAUGGUAUUCAUGCUUACUGGCCUUCGAGUUGGAAUUGAUCGUGCCAAUGUGGUAUGUCUUACUGACCGAGUCAUUUGGCUGCUAUCAUUAGGUAAGAGAUCUGUACCAGUUUAUACAAUAUGUUGACAGAGAAGUUUUAGCUUGUUUCGAGAUGGGUGGAUUUUAUGACUUGUAUGGAAGCAUUUCAUGUUCUAAUUGAAGUUUUGAAAAUGGAUUACGUACUAUUUUGUACUUUGUAAUCUAUCUAUCCAUUUGCUUACUGCUUUGACAUUUA